AGAGCUCCUCCAUCUGCCCGGCUUCAUGAGGGGCUGCUGGACACGCCAGCCGGGACCGUGCGUCAGAAUGCGCCUACAACUUCUCAUUAUAACUUUAUGCGUUAUCCACUGUGCUUGUCAAGGUUCUGGUUGUGAGGUGGGAUCAUUCCGCUGUGGGACGGGCCAUUGUAUUCCAGCAAGUCAGAGAUGUGACGGCACAGCUGACUGCUCGGACAGCUCAGACGAAAUUGGCUGCCCCCAGCCCACCUGCGAGAGCGGCCAGUUCCAGUGUUUGAGUGACGGCGAGUGCAUUCCACAGCACUGGGUUUGCGAUGACGAGGAGGAUUGCGAGGAUAGUUCCGAUGAAAGGCAGCACUGCCCUGGAAGGACAUGCUCCACUUCACAAUUCACCUGUACGAACGGGGCCUGCAUCCCUGGAGGAUACAGGUGCGACCGUGUACCUGACUGCCUUGACGGAGGAGAUGAGAGAAACUGCCUCUAUCCAGACUGCUCAGAGUUGAGGUGUGCGAACGGGGCGUGCUAUAACAGAAGCCAGCACUGUGACCGGGUGCUCAACUGCCGAGACGGAUCAGACGAGGCCAACUGCACCCAGCGGUGCAGCAGUGGUCAGUUUCAGUGCAGUAACGGUGAGUGUGUCCCUCGUGGAUACAUCUGUGACCAUGAUGAUGACUGUGGAGACCGAAGUGAUGAACAGAACUGCACCUACCCCACCUGCAGAGGAACAUACUUCACCUGUCCCAGCGGCCGCUGCAUUCAUCAGGUGUGGCUUUGCGAUGGAGAGGAUGACUGCGAGGACAAUGCAGAUGAGAAAGGCUGCGAUAAUGUCCAGCGUGAGUGUUAUCCAGGGGAAUGGCCGUGCCCUUCUUCAGGUGUUUGCAUCGCUCUGGAGCACCUCUGUGAUGGGACGUCACACUGUCCAGAUGGAGAAGAUGAAACCAACACCACUGCGGGACGCAACUGCAGCAUCUGGCGCUGUGCUUCUCUGAGCUGUGAGCAUCAUUGCCACACCUCUCCUGAUGGAGGAACCUGUGCCUGUCCAAUAGGAUAUUUGGUCAGCCGCAACGACAGCCGCUCCUGCAUUGAUUAUGAUGACUGUACUCUGUGGGGCAUGUGUGACCAGCUGUGUGAAGAUGGAAUCGGAACUCAUCGGUGCAGCUGUAAGGAGGGAUAUCUUCUGGAGCAGCACAGAUACUGCAGAGCGAGUCCUUCCUCCGGAGUACCCUCUCUGAUUUUCUCCAAUGGAAGAGAUUUGCUGAUUUCUGAUGUCCAUGGACACAGCGCUCGAACCCUGGUUGAGUCCCAGAACAGAGGAGCUGCUGUUGGUGUGGACUUCCACUACCAGCUACAAAGGGUCUUUUGGACAGACACAAUCCAAAAUAAGGUGUUUUCUGUCAAUAUGGAUGGAUCGCAUUUGCAAGUGGUCCUGAACAUAUCUGUCGACUACCCUGAAAACCUUGCCAUCGACUGGGUCAAUAAUAAACUGUACGUGGUGGAGGCUAGUGUCAACCGAAUCGAUAUGGUGGACUUAGACGGGAGCAAUCGGGUCACGUUGAUCGCUGAGCACCUGGGCAACCCAAGAGGUCUUGCUCUUGACCCAACUGUGGGGUACCUGUUCUUCUCUGACUGGGACACUCUGAAUGGAGAACCUGGUCUAGAGAGGGCCUACAUGGAUGGCACCAAUCGCUAUGGGAUCAUCAGAUCCAGACUUGGCUGGCCUGCUGGGAUUACUGUGGACCUGGAGGCCAAGAGAGUGUAUUGGGUGGACAGCCGUUACGAUUACAUUGAGACAACGACUUAUGAUGGCCUGCACAGGAAAACGGUGGUCCAUGGAGGUUCUGUGAUUCCUCAUCCAUUUGGCAUUACUCUGUUUGAGCAUUCAGUCUACUACACUGACUGGACUAAGAUGGCUGUUAUGAAGGCCAAUAAAUACAUGGACAAGAACCCACGAGAGCUCUACCGAACCUCUCAGAGACCACAUGGUUUGACAGUAGUCCAUGCAUACAGACAGCCCUUUGUGAGUAACCCCUGUGGCAUUGACAGAGGAGGCUGUGAGCAGAUCUGUGUUCUAAGUCACAGGACAGAUAAUGGUGGCCUGGGAUAUCGCUGUCGCUGUCGAAUGGGCUAUGAUCUGCAUGCUGAUGGCAAGAGAUGUGUUGCUGUGAGGCAGUUCCUGCUGUUCUCCAGUCAGUUGGCAGUGAGAGGAAUCCCAUUCAACCUGUCCACGCAGGAGGACAUCAUUUUACCUGUCACAGGAACUCCAUCUUAUUUUGUUGGAGUGGAUUUCAGUGCUGCAGACAAUUCUAUCUUCUUCUCCGAUACAGUGAAGGACAUCAUCUACAAACAGAAAGUUGACGGAACUGGUGAGGAGAUUUUAGCAGCCAAUCGGGUGGACGGUGUGGAAGACCUCGCUUAUGACUGGAUAUCAAAGAACUUGUACUGGACAGAUCCGCGCUACAGGAGUAUAUCUGUCAUGAAGAUAGCGGAUAAGUCCAGACGAGCCAUCAUACGCAACCUGAACAACCCCAGAUCUAUAGUGGUCCAUCCAGUGGCUGGUUAUAUUUUCUGGACUGACUGGUACCGUCCUGCGAAGAUUAUGCGGGCCUGGGGUGAUGGGUCACAUGCUCAGUCCAUUGUAAACACCACUCUCGGCUGGCCCAAUGGCCUCGCCAUUGACUGGAGUGCCAUGCGUUUGUAUUGGGUGGACGCCUUCUUUGAUAAGAUUGAGAAUAGCAACUUUGACGGACAAAACAGGUUGUCUUUAGAUCGCAUCACCCAGAUCUCCCAUCCAUUUGGACUUACUGUUUUUGGAGGUUAUGUGUACUUCACUGACUGGCGGCUGGGUGGAAUCGUGAGGGUCCGUAAAACAGACGGAGGGGAGAUGAUGAUAAUUCGCCAAGGGAUCAGCCACAUCAUGCAUGUCAAAUCUUUCAAUGCUGACUCACAGAUUGGAUCUAAUUUCUGCAGCAGGCAAGCUAAUCCAAAUGGAGACUGCAGUCAUUUCUGUUUUCCUGCACCAAAUUCCCAGCGAGUGUGUGGCUGCCCAUACGGAAUGAAGCUGGAAGCUAAUCAGCAGACGUGUGUGGACGACCCGUCCAAUGAGCCGCCCACUCUCCAGUGUGGCUCCAACUCCUUCUCAUGCAUGAAUGGGAAGUGUGUUCCUCAGAGCUACCAGUGUGAUGGUGUUGAUGAUUGUCAUGACAACAGUGACGAGGCAAACUGUGGAGCUAACAAUAACACAUGCUCGCCCACUGCCUUCACCUGUGCCAAUCAGCGCUGUGUGCCCAGAAGCUGGCACUGCGAUGGACACAAUGACUGUUUUGAUGGCAGUGAUGAGCGGGACUGUCCCACCCAGACCCCUGGCACUUGCCAGGCAGACCAGUUCAGCUGUGCCAACCAUCGUUGCAUUCCCCGCACAUGGCUAUGUGACACUGACAAUGACUGUGGUGAUGGAUCGGAUGAGAACAACUGCGAUUCUAUCGGCACAUGCCACCCUGGCCAGUUCCAGUGCCCGGACCAUCGUUGCAUCGACCCAAAUUAUGUGUGUGAUGGAGACAGAGACUGUGCAGAUGGGGCAGAUGAACAGGGCUGUGCGUACAACUGCACAGCCUAUGAGUUUAAGUGUGCUAACGGGCAUCAGUGUGUCAACUCGUACUACCGGUGUGAUGGUGUGUUUGACUGUAAUGACCGCUCAGAUGAAUCUGGAUGUCCCACUAGGCCACCAGGCAUGUGUCACCACGAGAGUGAGUUUCAGUGCCAGUCUGACGGCAGCUGUGUGCCCUCUACGUGGGAAUGCGACGGGCACCCCGACUGUGAAGAUGGUUCUGACGAACAUCAUGCGUGCCCACCACGGACAUGCCCGUCCUUGCAGUUCCGAUGCGAUAAUGGCAACUGUGUUUUCCACAGCUGGAUAUGUGAUGGAGAUAACGACUGCCGCGAUGGCAGCGAUGAGCGCGACUGUCCCACACCACCAUUCCGUUGUCCUAGCUGGCAAUGGCAGUGCCCUGGCCACAGUGUGUGUGUGAACCUCAGUAGGGUGUGUGACAACACGGCAGACUGUCCCAACGGGGCGGACGAAUCACCUCUCUGCAAUCAAGAGAGCUGUUCUGAUAAUAAUGCCGGCUGCACUCAUGGCUGCAUCCAGGGGCCUUUUGGGGCCCAAUGUACAUGUCCAAUGGGUUACCAGCUGAGUAACGACUCAAAAACAUGUGAGGACAUCGAUGAAUGUCAUCCUCCAGGUGUCUGCAGCCAGCACUGUUUCAAUGAGAGAGGAUCCUUCCGUUGCCAUUGUCAAGAUGGAUACACAUUAGAGGCGGAUGGGCGCACCUGUAAGGCAUCAGGAUCUCGGGAGGCGCUGCUCUUAGUGGCCAGUCGGAAUCAGAUCAUCUCAGAUGACAUCAUCUCACAGCCAAACGUCAUUCGGUCUCUUGUCCGAGAUGGUCGUAACAUCGUGGCAGUGGAUUUCGACUCGGUUACGGAUCGUGUUUACUGGUCGGACACCACCCAGGACAGAAUAUGGAGCGCUCACAAAAAUGGAAGUGACCGGACAGUGAUUUUUGACAGUGGAGUUACCGUCACUGAAAGUCUCGCAGUAGACUGGGUCGGCAGAAACCUGUACUGGACAGACUACGUAUUGGAGACAAUAGAGGUGUCCAAACUGGAGGGGUCCCACAGAACCGUGUUGAUUAGUGAAAAUGUGACCAAUCCGAGAGGUUUGGUGCUGGACCCUAGAAAUAGCACACACCUGAUGUUUUGGACAGACUGGGGCAGAAAUCCUCGCAUUGAGAGAGCCAGCAUGGAUGGAAAAUUAAGGACCACAAUCAUCAGCAACAAACUUUAUUGGCCCAAUGGCUUGACUAUUGACUACCCCAACAAUCUGCUGUACUUUGCUGAUGCUUACCUAGACUUUAUCGAUUACUGCGAUUACGAUGGCAAGAACCGGAAGCAAGUGUUAGCUAGUGAUUUGGUACUGCAACACCCCCACGCAAUUACGAUUUUUGAGGAUUUUGUCUAUUGGACCGACAGAUACAUCAACCGUGUGAUCCGGGCCAACAAGUGGCACGGACAGAACCAGACUGUGAUGCUGUACAAUCUGCCCCAGCCCAUGGGCCUGGUGGUGGUCCACCCUGCCCGACAGCCUGCAGGUUAUAACCCCUGUGACCCCCGUUUGAGCCCUUGUACCCACAUCUGCCUGCUGUCAGCAAGUGGCCCCAGGUUUUAUUCCUGUGCCUGUCCAUCUGGCUGGACCCUCGGUGCAGACCAGUUCACCUGUCUUAGAGUAGAGGAACCAUUCCUGGUGGUAGUAAGAGACAGCAUAAUUUACGGCAUCCCACUAAAUCCAAACGACAAGAGCAAUGAUGCUAUGGUGCCGGUUGCCGGGCUGCUGAAUGGAUAUAACGUUGACUUUGAUGAUGCAGAGCAGAUGAUCUACUGGGUGGAACAUCCGGGGGAGAUUCAUCGGGUGAUGUCAGAUGGCACCAACAGAACUGAGUUUGCCCCUGCGGCAAUCUUGGGUUCUCCGGUCGGGCUGGCUCUAGACUGGAUGUCUCAGAACCUGUACUACUCCAAUCCUUCCUCACAGUCUAUAGAGGUUCUCAGGCUAAAAGGAGAAAUUCAGUAUAGAAAAACUCUCAUCACCAACAACGGCUCACCAACUGGUGCAGGAACUCCCAUUGGCAUUGCAGUGGACCCAGCACGUGGAAAGAUGUACUGGACAGAUCAGGGAACAGAGAGCGGUAUCCCGGCCAAAGUGGCAUCUGCAGAUAUGGACGGCUCCAGCGCUGCUAUCCUCUUCACUCAUAACCUAGAACAUGUGGAGUUUAUAACAAUAGACAUCAGAGAGAACAAACUGUACUGGGCUGUCACUGGGACUGGCGUGAUUGAGCGUGGAGACCCAGAUGGAUCAAAUCGCAUCACUAUGGUUAAUGGAUUGUCUCAUCCUUGGGGUGUGGCCGUAUACAGCUCUUAUCUGUAUUUCACAGAUCGAGACUUUGAGGUGAUUGAACGCGUCGACAAAGCCACGGGACUCAACCGGGUUGUCAUGCGGGAUAACGUGGCCGGUCUUAGAGUACUUAAAGUGCACUACAGAGACUCAUCAGCAGGCUCAUCUAAUGGUUGCAGUAAUAACGUGGGAGCUUGUGAGCAGUUAUGUCUGCCACGUCCUGGUGGGCUGUUCAGCUGCGCCUGCGCAACAGGGUUCAAACUCAACGUGGAUAACAGAACCUGUGCUCCCUACCAGUCCUAUGUGGUCAUCUCUAUGCUCACUGCCAUCAAGGGUUUUAGUCUGGAGGGAGCAGACCACUCAGAGUCUAUGGUGCCCGUUGCAGGGAGAGGCCGCAAUGCUCUCCAUGUGGACGUGCACAUGCCGUCCGGUUUUAUUUACUGGUGUGACUUCAGCAGCACAGUGUCGUCCCAGAAUGGUAUCCGCAGGAUCAAACCAGAUGGCUCAGCAUUACGCAGCAUUAUCACCUCAGGGAUCGGACGUAACGGAAUUCGUGGCAUUGCUGUGGAUUGGGCCGCAGGAAACCUCUAUUUCACAAAUGCCUUCUUGACUGAGACAUAUAUCGAAGUCAUUCGGCUUAAUACCACAUUCCGUCGUGUUCUUCUCAAGACCCAAGUAGACAUGCCACGUCAUAUUGUGGUGGACCCCAAGAACAGAUACCUCUUUUGGGCUGACUAUGGACAGACCCCCAAAAUUGAGCGGGCCUUUUUAGAUGGUACCAACCGAACCGUCCUGGUUUCCUCUGGCAUCAUCACUCCCAGGGGCCUAGCUCUGGACCACCGAGACGGAUACAUCUACUGGGUGGAUGAUUCACUUGACAUGAUUGCACGAGUUCGGCCUGAGGGGGGCGAGACGGAAGUCGUGCGGUAUGGAAGUCGCUAUCCAACUCCGUAUGGCAUCACCGUGUUUGAGGGGAAUGUGAUUUGGGUGGACAGAAACUUGAAGAAGGUCUUCCAGGCAAGCAAACAACCAGGAGCAACAGACCAGCCAGUGGUGAUUAGAGACAACAUCAACAUGCUCCGAGACGUCACAAUCUUUGACCGGAGAAUGCAGCCAAGUUCGGCUCAUGAGCUAAAUAACAACCCUUGCUUGGAGUCUAAUGGCGGCUGUGCCCACCUUUGCUUUGCCAUCCCAGGCAGUCAGACCCGAAAAUGUGCCUGUUCCUUUGGGAAUCUAGCUGCAGAUGACAGCUCAUGUGUGGUAUCCCGGGAUGACUACCUUAUUUACUCGACAGAGAGUACCAUACGGUCUUUACGAUUGGAUCCAGAAGAUCACUCGCUGCCCUUUCCUGUGGUGAAUGUGCCCCGGACUUCUGUUGCCCUUGAUUUUGACAGGCUCAAUGGCAGGAUCUAUUUCACACAGAGCUCAGGAGCAGGCCAGAGCAAAAUUAGCUUCAUUACUUUGGCUUCACCUACCUCCCCUGCUAUAGAGGUGGCCUCUGAUCUGGGAGCUCCUGAUGGUAUUGCCUAUGACUGGAUCAAUAAGCGUAUCUAUUACAGUGACUACAUUAAUCAGACCAUAAGCUCAAUGGCAGUGGACGGAUCUCAAAGGACUGUUGUAGCACAUGUGCCCAGACCAAGAGCCAUCAUGCUGGAUCCAUGUAGAGGGUAUAUGUACUGGACUGACUGGGGCACCAACGCAAAGAUUGAACGUGCAACUCUCGGAGGAAACUUCAGGACAGGGAUUGUCAACACUAGUCUGGUUUGGCCAAACGGUCUGACUCUGGACUAUGAUGAUCAGAGACUGUACUGGGCAGAUGCCAGCUUACAGAAGAUUGAGAGAUGCUCUCUCACUGGAGCUAACCGCGAGGUCAUCGUAAGCACAGCCAUCUACCCGUUUGCAAUGACAGUGUACGGUCAGCACAUCUACUGGACCGACUGGAACACACGCAGCAUUUACCGUGCAAACAAAUAUGAUGGGUCCGACCAGAGAGUGGUGCUGCAAAAUCUUCCAUCGCGACCCAUGGACAUCCACGUGCUGUCCAACAGCAAACAGCAGCAGUGCGGCAGCCCCUGCGAGCAGUUCAAUGGUGGCUGUAGCCAUAUAUGUACACCAGGCCCGCAGGGGGCAGAGUGUCAGUGUCCCUCUGAAGGCCGCUGGUAUCUGGCUGACAACAAACACUGUAUCCCUGACAACGGCACCCGCUGUCAGCCGGGCCAGUUUACCUGUAUGAACGGCCGCUGCAUCCGCGCCCAGUGGAAAUGCGACAAUGACGACGAUUGUGGUGAUGGCAGUGAUGAACUGGAGAGGGUUUGCGCAUUUCACACCUGUGAGCCAACGGUGUUCACAUGCGGAAAUGGUCGUUGCGUGCCGUAUCACUACCGCUGCGAUCACUAUAAUGACUGCGGGGAUAACAGCGAUGAAACGGGCUGCCUGUUCCGCCCCUGCGACCAAAACACUGAGUUCACCUGCAAUAACGGGCGCUGCAUUGCACGGGAAUACGUCUGCAACGGGAUAAAUAAUUGCUACGAUAACGGGACUUCGGAUGAACAAAACUGUGCUGAGAGGACAUGUCAACCAGAGCACACCAAAUGUCAGACCACCAACAUCUGCAUCCCGCGCUCGUACCUGUGCGACGGAGAUAACGAUUGCGGAGACAACAGUGAUGAGAGCCCGACACACUGCGCCACAUCUACGUGUUCCCAGAAUGAGUUCCGUUGUUCGAGUGGGCGCUGUAUUCCCGGGCACUGGUACUGUGAUGGGGGUACAGACUGUAAUGAUGGUUCUGAUGAGCCAUCUACUUGCACUACCAUGGUGAGGACCUGCAACUCUGACCAGUUCCGCUGUGAUGAUGGAAGGUGUAUCGCCGCAUCCUGGAUCUGCGAUGGAGACAACGACUGCGGGGACAUGAGCGAUGAGGAUGAGAGACACAACUGUGCUAACCGCACCUGCUCUCCUCAGGAGUUCACCUGUAUCAAUAACAGGCCUCCUCAGAGGAAGUGUAUCCCACGGGACUGGGUGUGUGAUGGAGAUGCAGACUGUUCAGAUGCAUACGAUGAGCAUCAGAACUGCACUCGCAGAUCCUGCUCUGCCAACGAGUUCGCCUGCAACAACGGCCUCUGCAUCCGCAGUUCCUACAGGUGUGACCGUCGCAAUGAUUGCGGUGACAGCAGCGAUGAGCUGGGCUGCACCUAUCAGCCAUGUCAACAGCACCAGUUCACGUGUCAGAACGGCCGCUGUAUCUCGCAGGAUUUCGUGUGUGACAGGGAUAAUGACUGCGGGGAUGAAUCUGAUGAGCUGGAACACCUGUGCCGGACCCUAGCCCCUACCUGCCCACCUGGAAACUUUAGGUGUGACAACGGAAACUGCAUACUGCUCAGCGAGAUUUGUGACAGGAGCGAUGACUGCAAUGACAACAGUGACGAGAAAGGCUGUGGCAUCAAUGAAUGCACAGACCCAUCCAUGCACCACUGUGACCACAACUGUACCGACACACCAACCAGCUUCAUCUGCACCUGUCGCCAUGGUUACCGCCUCAUGUCCGACAACAAAACUUGCGACGACAUAGACGAGUGUUCCGUCACACCCAGCGUGUGUAGCCAGGUGUGUGAAAACACCAUGGGUUCAUACGUAUGCAAGUGCGCACCGGGCUUCCUGCGUGAACCUGACGGUCGCAGCUGCAGACAAAACAGCAACAUCACUCCAUACUUGAUCUUCAGCAAUCGCUACUACCUGCGAAAUCUUUCAACGGAUGGCGAGGCCUACUCACUCAUCCUGCAAGGCCUAACCAGUGUGGUAGCUCUAGACUUUGACCGGGUGGAGAAACGCUUGUACUGGAUCGAUGUGAGCCGGAGAGUGGUAGAACGGAUGUUUUUCAACGGGACGGGUCGAGAGGUUGUGGUGAACGGGGUUUUGCAUGGGGAAGGACUGGCAGUUGACUGGGUUGGGAGGAAGCUAUAUUGGGUUGACAGUUUUCUCGACUGCAUGAAAGUUUCGGAGCUGGAUGGGCGCUUUGUGAGGAAGUUAGCAGAACAUUGUGUGGAUGCAAACAACUCAUACUGCUUUGAGAAUCCUAGAGCCAUCGUGGUGCAUCCAAAGUUUGGAUAUGUGUACUGGACAGACUGGGGAGACAAAGCAUUCAUUGGACGUGUUGGGAUGGAUGGAAAUAACAAGUCGGCCAUUAUCACAACUAAGAUUGAGUGGCCCAAUGGUCUCACCAUAGACUACACCAAUGACAAACUGUACUGGUCUGAUGCUCACCUGAAUUACAUUGAAUUCUCUGACCUGGAUGGGCACCACAGACACACUGUGUUCGACGGCAUCUUGCCACAUCCUUUUGCGAUCACAGUGUUUGAGGAAAGUGUUUAUUGGACGGAUUGGAACACUCGCACAGUAGAGAAGGGUAACAAAUACAACGGGUCCGGACGGCAAGCGCUCGUCAACACCACCCACCGACCAUUUGACAUUCACGUGUGCCAUCCAUACCGCCAGCCUAUCGUAACAAAUCCCUGUGCGGUCAAUAACGGAGGCUGUUCUCACCUGUGUCUCCUGCGAGCUGGGGGUCAAGGGUACACCUGCGAGUGUCCUGACCACUUCCUGACCGUCCAGAUAGGGGGUGUGGCCCGCUGUCUGCCCAUGUGUUCUAGUACGCAGUACAGAUGUGCAGACAACGAACGUUGUGUCCCUAUCUGGUGGAAGUGUGAUGGGCAACGAGACUGCAGAGACGGCUCGGAUGAACCUUUAACGUGUCCCGUCCGACACUGCAGACUGGGACAGUUUCAGUGUAAGGAUGGGAACUGCACCACCCCGCACUUCCUGUGUAACUCUAAUCAGGACUGUCCUGAUGGAUCAGAUGAAGACACGGUGUUGUGUGCCACACAUCAGUGUGAGUCGCAUCAGUGGCAGUGUGCCAACAAACGCUGUAUCUCUGAGGCGUGGCAGUGUGACGGCGAGAAUGACUGUGGCGAUGGCUCCGAUGAGGAUCGCACGCACUGCUCCAGCAGAACAUGCCGACCCGGACAGUUCAAGUGCCGGAAUGGCCGAUGCAUCCCACAGAACUGGAAAUGCGAUGUGGACGAUGAUUGUGGCGACAAUUCUGACGAGCCCAUCGACGAAUGCAUGGGUCCAGAAUACCGAUGUGACAACCACACAGAGUUUGACUGCAGGACGAACUAUCGCUGUGUUCCUCUGUGGGCUGUGUGCAACGGACACAAUGACUGCAGAGACAACAGUGAUGAACAGAACUGUGAGGAGCUGACCUGUGAGCCAGUGGGUGAUUUCCGCUGUGAUAACCAUCAGUGCAUCCCCCUGCGGUGGCGCUGCGAUGGAGACAAUGACUGUGGUGAUGGAUCAGACGAACGCAGCUGCACCCCUCGUCUGUGCACAGAGAGCGAGUACCGCUGUGACAACCUGCGCUGCAUUCCUGAUCGCUGGGUUUGUGACCAUGACAACGACUGUGAGGACAAUUCUGAUGAGAGGGACUGUGAGCUGCGGACGUGUCACCCAGGUUACUUCCAGUGCAGGAGCGGUCACUGCAUCGCUGAACGCUUCAAAUGCGACGGCAACGCUGACUGCCUUGACUAUACCGAUGAAAGUUCCUGUCCCACACGGUACCCGAAUAGUACUUACUGUCCACCGUUCCUGUUUGAGUGUAAGAAUCACGUAUGCAUACAGCAGCACUGGAUAUGUGAUGGAGAUAAUGACUGUGGAGAUGAUUCUGAUGAGGAGCUACACCACUGCUUGGACAUCCUGUGUGAUCCUCCGUUCAGAUUCCGCUGUGAUAACAACCGUUGCAUCUACAGUCACGAACUCUGCAACACUAUAGAUGACUGCGGGGAUGGAACCGACGAGAGGGAGGAGCAUUGUGUGACCCCCACACAUGGGCCGUGUUCUGCAGACGAGUAUAAAUGUGGGAAUGGUCAUUGCAUUCCUCUGCAGUACGCCUGCGAUGACUACGAUGACUGUGAAGACCAGACUGAUGAACUGGGCUGCCACUACGGCAGUGGGCGAUCGUGCGGUGAGAAUCUGUGUGAGCAUAACUGCACGGAUCUGACAAGCGGAGGUUUCAUUUGCUCCUGCAGACUAGGAUAUAAACCCAACCCUGAGGACAAGAACACCUGUGAUGAUGUGAACGAGUGUGAGAAUUACGGCAUGUGCCCUCAGUUGUGCCAGAACACUAAGGGCAGUUAUGAGUGUUUCUGUGCUGAAGGCUUUCGAUCUGUGGGGGAGCAGCCUGGAGCUGAAUGCGCCGCUGAGGGAAAUCCUCCCGUUUUGUUAUUGCCUGAUAAUGUGCGCAUCCGUCGCUUUAAUCUCUCAUCGGCGCAGUACUCAGAUUACGUGGAUAAUGCAGAGCACAUUCAGGCCCUAGACUACCUGUGGGACCCAGAGGGCCUCGGCCUCAGUAUAGUGUACUGGACAGUGUUGGGACGAGGCUCUGAGUUUGGCGCUAUUAAAAGAGCCUAUAUGACUACGUUUGAUGACCACGGGAAUAAUCCUGUAAAAGAAGUGGAUCUUAACCUCCGAUACAUCUCCAGUCCUGAUGGCAUUGCUGUGGACUGGAUUGGACGCCACAUUUACUGGACAGAUGCCGGGACCAAUCGGAUCGAAGUGGCAAAACUGGAUGGGCGGUACAGGAAGUGGUUAAUUCACGCAGAUCUUGAUCAGCCAGCUGCUAUUGUGGUCAACCCUGCUAUAGGUAAGAUGUUCUGGACGGACUGGGGCAGGAAGCCCAAGAUCGAGUCAGCGUGGAUGGAUGGCCAGCACAGGCAGGUGCUGUUAGAUGAAGAUCUGGGGUGGCCUACUGGAUUAGCUUUGGACUACCUGAAUGAAAACAGGAUCUACUGGUGUGACUCCAAAGAGAACAUCAUUGAGUCCAUGAAAGAGGAUGGAACAGACCGGAAAAUUAUUAUAUCAGGAGACGUUGGUCACCCGUACAGUCUGGAUGUGUUUGAAGGACAUGUGUACUGGACGACUAAAGAAAAGGGAGAAGUGUGGAAAAUAGAUAAGUUCGGGAAAGGAGACAAGGUGAAGGUGUUGACUAUAAACCCCUGGCUGACUCAAGUACGCAUCUACCAGCAGCACAGACACAACCACUCAGUACUCAACCCGUGUCAGGAUGCCUGCAGUCAUCUGUGUUUGCUGCGGCCGGGUGGAUACACCUGUGCCUGCCCACAAGGCUCUGCACUUCUCACCUUCAACAAGAAUGAAUGUGAUGCCGCCAUUGAAGCAGAGGUGUCCAUGCCGCUUGCAUGCAGAUGCAUGAAUGGAGGAACAUGCUACACUGAUGACGCAGGCCUACCAAAGUGCAAGUGUCCGUAUGGCUACUCUGGUAGUUAUUGUGAAAUGGGCAAGUCUAGAGGUGCUCCUGCAGGCACAGCUGUGGCCGUUCUGUUAGCAGUGAUAAUUAUUCUGAUUACUGGAGCUCUGGUUGUGGGAGCUUUUCUCAACUACAAGCGCACCGGCUCUCUCAUUCCAUCCAUGCCUAAACUACCCAGUCUGAGCAGCCUUGUGAAGUCGGGUGACAGAGGAAACGGAGUGUCAUUCCAUUCAGGUGAUAAUGUGACAAUGGACCUGGAACCUCAGAAUCUGGGCGUGUCCUACAUCGACCGAGCGAUGCAGCUGGAUGAGAAUUUUGCGGACUCUGGGAGGCAGCCAAUCACAUUCGAGAAUCCUCUAUACUCAACUACAGCUGGCACAUCCAGUGAUCCAGCAGUAAUACAUGCUACACAGGUAACUGUGAAUGUCAGUGGUGAGCAGGUGGAAAAGAACUUUUCAAACCCAACAUACCAUGCUCAUAUACAGGCAGUCGAGGUGAAGAGUGUACCGGUGGAACAAAAGACCACACAGGAGUCCAAAUGGAGUUUGUUUAAAAGAAAGCUGAAGCCAAGUACAACAUUUGAAAACCCUACUUAUUCAGAGAUGCAGAAUGAGCAGACUCUUGGAAGUGUAGAUGCCAGCUCUUCAAUGCAACCAUCUCCAUUUGUUCCCCCUACCAAACCCCAGAAGAGAGAGAAGCUCAACACCUAUUCUCCAACAGAGGACACUUUCAUAGACACAGCCAACCUGGUUAAAGAGGACAGUGAAAUAUAACCAACCCUCUCUCCACAUACACAUACACACACUGGAAAAUACAAAGAAACACACACACUCCCUUUGCACAGAAUCUAUUUUUAUAUGCAAAAUGCAUACUACAGAAAUCAAUUUAAGAUUAUUUUGGAGAAAAAAAGAGAAGGUAUAAAUAAGAGUAGAUAUAAUGUUUGUUUAACCUACAGGAAAGAGGUCGGUCCAGACUUUGCCUUCUGAUACUGUAUAUGGCAAUUCUUGUAUGAUUCUUUUUUAUUGUGACGUCAUAUUUGUAUAUCUUUGCACUGAUGCUGCUGAAGGAGAAUGCUAUGAAUAUUUUGUACAUUUGUAAAUUGAAAAGAUUUUGAUGUUGAUAAUAUCCUCUGCUCAGAAGUUAUUUUUAAAUAGAUAAUACUUAUUCCUGGAGAUACACAAACAUGCCAACAUUGCAGUAUGUGUGAAGUGCUUUGAGAGCAUGAUUAUUUUUAAACUGUUUUUGCCACUGGAUAGAAAACAUAAUGAAUAUUGCAUAUCACUUAUGUAUAUAUAUAUAUACCUCAUUUGUGGAGUGGCCAGCUUCAAGAAACACUUAUAGCAUAUUAUGAUCAGAUAAAAUAUAAAUUAACAUGUCAUGAUACAGUCAUGUGAAGAUCUGCUUGUUACUACUAUUAAAUGAAAAUUUUGCCCAAAAUUAAUGCUGAAAUUUCUUUCAGCCUCAUGUUGUUUCAAACCCAUAUGCUGUUUUUUUUUUUUUUUUUUUUUUUUAAUGAAUCUUUAUGCAGAUCUUUUCCAUACAAUGAUAUUUUAUAGUGAUCACAGCUGUCAAGCUCAAAAAAACAAAAAAUUUGUGCAUUAUAUUUAAGUCGAUAUUCACAAAAAAACGUCCCUUCAAUGGCAAUUCUCAAAUCGCAUUUUACGUUCCUCAGAUACAAACUGAUGUGGCACGUUCAGUUAAGACAUGUGGAAACAAAUGGCAUCAAUGUUGUCGCACCUGGCACGAUCCACCAUUUUUGAAUCUCAAUGUAAACGCUAAUGAGAUUUAAAAGCUUCUGAGCCUGGAAGAUUACUUAAAUUUCUCAUUUGUGUUCCAUAGACAAAAAAUAGCAGCAUGUGUGUCUGAAAUGACAUGAGAGUGAAUAAAUAUAUUUUUUGGUGAAUAAUACAA